AAUUCUCAAGGUGUUAAUCAAUCUACCUCGUGGUAUGCGGUAUCUGCACGUCGGCACCACACAUGCACAACACCCAUCCUAUCCUUCACUCUCCCCCCCUCCUCUUCCCUCUCCAUCUCGCGUCCACCAGUUCCAAUUCCAUACCCCUCCAAUCAACCAAUCCACAUCCCCUCCCACAUACAAGCCAAUCCUUCGAAUGCAUCCGACAUCCUCCUCUCCGUUUCCCCUCCCCACGACGCCCAGCCCCGCUUAACGGGAUUCACGGAUUCGGGGAUUCAGGCACGGGAUGGGCACAGACCGCCCUAAUGCUCGUUUCCCCUCCCGGGCUGGGGGCUCUGGCGCUUGCAACGAAGCUAACCAUUGACCCCGACCCGAUGCUUUCCUUAACUGAACCUCCGUUGUGCAUCCAUGUCGAAAUCUCUAGGCCCCUCUUUUCUCUUUUGGCUUUCGCUUCGAGGGGGCAUGCUGGUGGGAUGUGAGAUGUUGCUGCUGACUAGUGUGGUGGAUGGAUGGGAGGGAGGGUUUGGAUGUUGGGGAUAGGAGACUGGAGCCUAGGUGAGUGGGCGGGCGGAUGAGAGGAUUGGUGGACAUGACACGCAAGAUACAUCGCAAAAAGCAAGCAGGCAAUGCAGAUCCUCUCGUGUGGGCUGGAGCCUGGAGGGAAUCAUUUAUCGAAUCGACUCACACGCAGAAUCUCCGUCUGCUAUUAUCCCGUCCAAU